UCAUAUUGCCCUAGAAUGCUCGUCCUCUACAUUCUCAUGCAAGACGACCGACGACUGUGUCGACCUUAGAGAGAGGUGUGACGGGUUCUACCAUUGUUCGGACGGUUCCGAUGAAGAGUGCACGACUCCGGACUGUGUGUCCCCCGGCGUUUUCAGCUGUAACAUCAGCGGCCACUGCUUCUCUCUCUCCUGAGUGUGUAACGGAGUAGAAAACUGUCCCGAUGGCUCAGAUGAGGUAGAUUGCAUGACGAAAGCGUGUCCCGUACCAGGCGAUCUGAGGUGUGUAGGUGAUGGUAUUUGUUUACCGCUAGUGUGGCAAUGUGACGGGUGGGAUGAUUGUGAAGACGGCUCAGAUGAGGAGGGCUGCGCAAACCAAGAAUGUCCCUCGACCGAGGAUUUUAAGUGUGAAAGUAGUGGUAUUUGUGUCCACCCAGAUUUGCAAUGCGACGGUGACGAUGACUGUGAAGAUGGUUCAGAUGAGGAGGACUGCGCAAACAAAGAGUGUCCCUCGACCGAUGACUUUAAGUGUGAAAGUAGUGGUAGUUGUGCCUCACCAUGGAAGCAGUGUGACGGUUUGGAUGAUUGUGAAGACGGUUCAGAUGAGGAAAGUUGCACUAGCAUAGGGUGUUACUACCGCGACUAUUUCAAGUGUGAAAGUAGUGGCAUUUGUGUCCGACAAGAGUGGAAAUGUGACGGUGAUAAUGAUUGUCCAGACAGUUCAGAUGAGGAAGAUUGCAUAGACACUGGCACUGGGUGUCCCUCCCCCCAUGAUUUUAAGUGUAAAAGUGGUAGCGACUGUGUUCCUCUAUGGUGGCAAUGUGACGGUGAGCAAGAUUGUGAGGACGGUUCGGAUGAGGUAGAUUGCACAGAAGGUGAGUGUCCGUCCCCCGAAUAUUUCAUGUGUGAAACUGGUGGCUACUGUUUCCCUCCAUGGUACCUAUGUGACGGUACUGCCGAUUGCUGGGAUGGUUCUGACGAGGAAAGUUGCACAAACGAAGAGUGGUGCGCAGAGCAGGGACUGUGGCAGUGUGACACCGGUGAAUGCAUCGACCCAUCCUCCGUGUGUGACAAAAACGAGGACUGCUUGUUAGGUACAGACGAAGAGAACUGCAACAACAAUAACACCUGUCUGCCGACACGUCAGCUGGGUGACGGGCAUCAGGACUGUACAGACGGGGAGGACGGAAGACCCGGUGACGUUGAGCAGGCUCUGGGUAAGAUUUGGGGCUCCUGCAGCUACAACUGUCCGUCCGUCUACGGUAACGCGUCGUGCGUCCCUGACGCGUUCAGCUGUGACGGUGACGCGGACUGUUCGGAGGAAGAAGACGAGCAGGGCUGUGAUUCAGGAAUAAUUGCCGUCGACGUAGACGUUGAAGAUCGCGAGACGGCUGGCUGUCCGACAGUACUAGUCCACUGCGGCUUCCGGUCAAGAUAUGCGUGA